AUGUCGAGGUCGUGGUGCUCGGUGCCCAUGAUCACGACGCUCAAGGUGGUGGACGUGGUGCUCAUUGCAGUCGUCAUUGGCGCGAUCGACGUGGCGGUGAAAGUGUGGAAAGGAAGGCGCUUGCAGUUGUCGUCGACCGAGACGGAGCGACUGGCCGAGUACAACGCGCAGGUGCGACGCGUGAAACGUCUCGACUCGGUCGAGACGUUCGUGGAACAAGCGAAAGCGACGCGUCGAAUGAACGCGCUCAAGAAGGAGCUGCAAGCGCUUGCAGAGAAGCGCCUGGCUGAGCACGCGCCGUCGGAGCUGCAGAAGCUCUUUGACCGUGUUCGAACGCCUGUCCUGUUGGGGCUGAUCAUGGUGUACUACUGGAACGAGCCACUUGUGGUACUGCCGCAACGUUUCAUGCUUCCGGUCGAGCGACUCCUGUCGUUCCCAGGUUUCCCGCUUGGCGCUGUCUCUGCUGUAGGCUGGGCUGGGAUUUGUCGUCGCGUCAGUGCAAAGAUCUUGGGCUGA